AUGAAUCUACUCGAAAAGUUCACUCAUGUAACGCUCGACUUUAGCGACUCUCAUGAGGGCAGCAAACGGGCUGUAUCCACUGAAAAGCAUUUUUGUACCUUAGUUCCCCGGCAACUACUAAGCGUGCGCCUCCGUAUUUCUUUUAAAAACGAGUGCAAUACUGAAAGUUCAGGCCGUCCUUCUGGAGAAGAGGAUCCCGACGUGGUGAUAACCUCGACCUUGCUGGACUUUCUUUCUCACGUUGGAGAGGACAACUUUGUGGAGGCAUGGAAGAGGUUGUUUGAGUGUGUAGUCGUGGUCCCCUUUCUGUUACCUCAUGCGGAGGAAGGCGAGGCCGUUCACGCAAGCCUCGCUACGUCCGGCGACGCGGGUGCGUUCCACUUCGGCAUCCCUCCUUUUUGGGAGGAACAUCGUUUUGCCCAAUCGGUGCCCGAUGGACGACGCCCCUCAUGCUGUCUGGCUGGUAGCGCAAUGGAAGUGAAGUGUUCGACCUUUUCCGUUAUCGAGGAAUCGGUGCCCACUAGCAGCGAGGCGUUGGGCACUGCAAUCAUCAUUCCACAAAGUAUUGUGAGUGAGUACAUCUUUAGUUUUACGGUCCCCGAGGUUGAGCGCUCGCUCCUGGAUGUACCGGGUGUUUUCGCGUUUGUGCUCAUGUUGCCCUUCGGAAUUUCAAACGCCAUGACAGUGUCUUCGACCGGUGACAGCGAAUACAGUUGUGGUUCUCGGAAUUCCUUAACGUCGUCGUCGCCUUAUCGACAAGACCAGAGAUAUAUCCUUAUGAAAGUUCUUUUCCGAGCUCUUUUGGACUCGGCCAACGAUGACGAUGCUGCUGCCUUGUAUGGUCGUGAGGGAGGCUACUUUCUUCCUUUUGGAUGUCACUACACGUCCAUUCGGGUCCGCUAUGCGUUAGACCUGACGUCGGUUACGUUUCCUUUGAGCAAUGACCGGUUACUGCUGAACUUGAGUAUUACAAAUUCCUCAACUGCGCCGAUCACCCUCCAUGGUGCGACUUUUGAUCUCUAUACCAGCGACGUGUGGAAUCCGGCGUGUGGGUCACCGGGUAAGUCGUCCCUUCAUAGCGAAGGGGACCCCCCUCAAGCUGUUGUGGUGGGCAUUAGCCCAGCCGAACAGCGUCCGGGUCCUUCUGGUGCGAACCUGCAGACCAUAGACAUCCUCACCAAGAUUGUUACGGUCACGCCCAUGAUAGCGAGCGACGACAGGCCGCCGUUUUCCCUACAACCCCAAGAAACCUAUUCCUUUCAGUUCGUAGUGGAGGUAAUCCCGCAGUUGUGCUACCUGUUGAAUCCUGAGUCAUUGCAGUACGUCUACGACGCGUGCCAACGCGACGAGGACCUGCAGAAAACGCGUCUUGACGGAAGCGGUGCGUGUGGGGAUGCUGCGAUAGGGGGGUAUGGCGGCCGGCGGGGUCCUGUCAGGAAGUGCGCGGAGACAGUGGUGACUGACUGCUAUGGGUCACCGGUCACGACAGAGGAAUUACUGCGCGUCCUCCAUUCCUCCUACUUAUCUCAGGUUUAUGUCUACUUUUCACUUGGAUUCCCUGACAUGGACGGUAGUGGUGAUUGGCAAAGCAAUACUUUGCAUGCACAGCACACCGCGCGGUGGUCUUUUGUGGUGAUCCCAAAUGACACACAGAGUGAGAUGAGAGAAAUCCAAACGAAAGGCGAAACGCUAACCCUCUAA